AUGUCUAACAUCACACUAGAUGGUCGAAUUGAAAUUGAGUGUAAUCUAAGUUAUGAUAACUCUUCGGAAAAUAUCAAAUUUGCAGUUCAAUUUGUAUAUCUAUCAUUUGCGAUUCUGAUACAUUUACUGAUUUUGAGAACGGUUUUAUGGAAAGAGUGGAAGGUUUAUCGGAGCAAUUCGUUCUUUAUGAUCUAUGCGUUGGAUUCGAUUGGGGUGGGUCGAGCGAAGCGAGUGUAAACCGCAAGCUUCCGCGCAGCGGCACUGUCUAUCGCGAAGCGGCCACACCUGAGGUUAGGCCGCAGCCCGAGCUCCAGGCUCAAGCUUGGGUCUAGUCUUAAUUCUCGAGCGCCCCUGGCGCGAGUGUAAACCGCAAGCUUCCGCGCAGCGGCACUGUCUUCCGCGAAGCGGCCAGGCCUAGGAUCAGCCUGAGCUCCAGGCUCAAGCCUAGGCCUAGUCCUGAUUCCCGAGCGCCCCUGGCGCGAAUGUAGACCGCCAGCUUCCGCGAAGCGGCCACACGCAUGCUGAAUCUAAUGAAGCUGAAGCUUGAUCUGCUUGAGCCUGAACUUCUGCUGAAGCAAAAGCUAGAUAUGCUUCAGCCUGAAGUUCUGCUGAAGAUCUGCUGAAAACCGCAAGUUUCCGCGCAGUGGCCAGGCCUAGGAUCAGCCUGAGCUCCAGGCUCAAGCCUAGGUCUAGUCUUAAUUCCCGAGCGCCCCUGGCGCGAGAGUAAACCGCAAGCUUCCGCGAAGCGGCACUGUCUCUUGCAAUGCAUGACUCAGAGUCAUUUAUUGAUUUUUGCAGGAAGUUUCUCUCAUUCCUAUAGUGCUUAGUUUUCACCUGUCCCACUCUUCUAUUUUCAGAUUCUCAUAACUAUAUCAAUCGAUAUAUUCUUGGGUCGCCCUUUCAUAUUCAUCCCUCAACUUUGCCCGAUUCUAUCUCCUUUAUUUUUCGAUCCCUCAAUAUUCCUCAAAACGGUAUAUAUUAUCCCGAAUUACACUCGAGCUGCAAAAUCUGUAACUCAAAUAAUGAUGAGUAUAAAUCGUAUGACUUGUGUGAUAUUCCCCAUGGAUUAUAUCAGAAUUUGGAAAAAGUAUCUGAAAAUUGCGAUAAUUAUCACACUCCUCAGCCCAUUUUUAGUGAUUUGGAACUUAUUUCCAUCGCGCGUUUAUAUAUUACCAUCGCGUGGCGGGUUUUCACCGAUUUAUGCGAGAUAUGUGAAAUGGGCUAGUUUAUCACUGUUUCAUUUGGUUUAUUUGACAUUGGCUAUAAUUAUCACAAUAAUUAGCACUGUUAUAACUCUAACUUAUUUAUUAAUGCUUCCAAUGCGACUUAAAUCUGCGGAAAAAUCUUUGUGCUUUGUGAAUAUCACAAUUUCAAUUUCUUUCAUUAUCAAUGCAAGUUUCCAAAGUUUAUUCGCAUUUUUCACACUUUUUGAUGCAGGAACUCUAUACAUUUUGCAAUUUUUCGGCUAUGAUUUGUUGAACUUAAGGUAACUCUACUUAAGGAAAGGGUUUUACCAACAUGUUUUUUUUAGCUCUCCGAUUGUUCUAAUCCUGAUUAGUCCCCAACUCCGCGAGCAUAUUUUCAAUAGGAAGAAAAUUUUUAGAAAUGUUCCGCUGAAAGUUUCAGAUACCCAAAAUGGAAUAAAUUGA